AUGAUCAGCAUCAUCCAUCCAUCCCGCGACACCCUUGAAUUCGUCUCCUUCCGACGAUUCAAACGAUUCGAUCCUUGUACAAGUGAUCGAUUCUCAAAAUGUGAGCAAACCAUCAUUUCUGCCACAUCAUCUACGUCAUCAUCGUCCUCGUAA